AGGUGAUUCUAACCUGUAUUGACUCAGGGGGUUGAAUACUUAUGUAAUCAAGAUAUAUUAGUGUUUUAUUUUUCAUAUUUAUUUUUUUUACAAAUGUUAGAUUUUUUGUGUGUAGAAAAUAAAAACUACAAACAUUUAAAUCCAUUUUCAUCCCACUUUCUAACACAACAAAAUGUAGAAAAAGUGAAGCGGUGUGAAUACUUUCUGAAGGCACUGUAUUUCAAGGGAAUAAACUUAACUUAAGUCUUCCUCCGAGACGAUUGAAUGACAAAUUUUAAGUUUUUAUCAAAAACAACUGUUUUCAGCACCCACUGCAAUUACACACAACAUUGUUCUGUGUAAUUGCGGGCUAUUCUUUGGGUGCUGAAAACAGUAGUUUUUGAUAAAAACUUAAUUUUAUGUGACGUUGGAGCUCCAGCCCGCCCACACAGUCACUGCUCAACUCCAUCGUGAAUCAUGGAGUGGAGUUUAGUUGGCUAGUUAUUGCUUAACCAAGUCAAGAUGUGUUUGCCUUACAGAAACGAGGAUGAAAUCAACAUGAUUAGCACCGAUGGCCUCUCUAAAUGCGAGGCGACCUGGCGCGAGACUGGGAAAAGGCCACAGGCGGAGAUGUUGCACCUUCUGCCCGCUGUCAUUGUCUGGCUUGUGACGGGGACAACCAUCUCCAGUCUUAACAAAUGGAUUUUUGCAGUGUACAACUUCAGGUACCCCUUACUGCUGUCGGCCCUGCACAUGUUGACAGCGAUAGUGGUGGACUAUGGGCUUAUUAAACUGCGAAUGCUCCAGCAAAACGGUGGGGUUGACAACCAGAAGGACCUUACCACCAGCGCCAAAUGCAAGGUGUUUCUAUUGAGCUUGACAUUUUGUGCCAGCAUCGCAUUUGGCAACGUGGGUCUGAACUAUGUCCAGCUGUCAUUUGCCCAAAUGAUCUACACCACCACGCCAAUCUUCACCCUGGCCAUCUCCACUCUGAUCCUGGGCAAGCAACACCACAUCCUCAAAUACACAGCCAUGAUGCCCAUCUGUCUGGGAGCCUCGUUCAGCAUCAUGGGCGAGGUCCAGUACGACCAGACAGGCUGCUUCUUCGUAUUCGCUGCGACAAUGUUGAGAGGUGUCAAAUCCAUCCAGCAAGGUAUCUUGCUCCAGGAAGAGAAAAUCAACUCUGUGUUCCUGCUGUACCUGAUGUCUAUCCCCAGUUUCUGCAUCCUGGCCGUAGCUGCUCUGGCCCUGGAGAACUGGGCCGUGCUGGAGUCUCCAAUGCACUACGACCACAACCUGUGGCUCCUCAUUCUGCUCAGCUGCCUGGGCUCUGUCAUGUACAACCUGGCCAGCUGCUGCGUCAUAACCCUCACCUCCGCCGUCACCCUGCACAUCCUGGGCAACCUGAGUGUGGUGGGCAACCUGCUGCUCUCCCAACUGCUGUUCGGCAACGAGAUGUCAGCGCUCAGCUGUGCCGGUGUGGCUCUUACUCUCUCUGGCAUGCUCAUCUACCAGAACUCUGAGUUCAUCUCCAACUACCUGGAUGCACGGCGAGCUAAAGCCAGGGAGCUCAGCCGAGUGAGGGAGGAGGAUAUUGCAUUCCAACCACCCCCCCAAAACCAGCAGGAGAGGGUAGACGCUGCCGGGAAACGAGAGGACAAGAUGGACUGAGAGAGAGGGGGAGAGAGAGAGAGAUUUCCUGUCCUUAGGGUUAGUUAAGUCAGGUGGUUCUGUGGAGAGGUUUAGGAAAUUGUCUGUGACCUCAUGAUGUCAUAGUUGAUGAUGACGACAUGAGUGACAGAACUUGUUUGGUUGGGUCGUUUUUACCUCUUCACUGUGCCAAUGUAUUUAUUUCAGCCAUGGUCUCAUGGAACAGAAGUCAGCUGACUAAAAAAACAGAUGCCUUUAGAAAAGUGACAGUUGAGUUUGUACUGUUCUAAUACUCAUACAUGCACACAUACUGGUAUGCAUGCAUGAGCACACAAACUAUGUGAUACAUCUCAUGAGAUAUCAUGCACUGUUACUCACACUACACUGUGAAAAUGUUCUCUCUGAGUGAGUGCUCAGUGGGAUGGUUGGGUGGGAAGGACUAGGAACACUGCUCUUAUGGAUGGGCACAAAUACGUUUUAAAAACAUAUGGUAAUGUUACCUAACCUUCCCCUGGUCUCGUAUCAGUGGGAAAGAGGUUUUCUGGCAGCUUUUAUUUGGGGAUCUUAAAAUGGGUGUUCCGCAUUUGUUAUAGUGCUAUAGCUUUUGUCUAGAUGAAGUUUACAAUGGCGUAAACAUUCAAGCUAACAGGUUCAGCAUAUAAUUUCUCCUGGCUGUUUGUAGGCAUGGCGGCCAGUAAGCCACAGUGUUAAUCUACUGCAUAGUGAGGCAUAGAUCUGAGGGGAGCCACCUUGUCCCACUAAACGACCCCUUAUUGCAUUUCUCUUCAUUUCCUCUUAAUAAAAGGAACCUAUUAUAAUAAUUUUAAUAACCUCCUACCUUUACAGCAGUUCUCACUGCAGCAAAUGUCUAUUAUAAGGCCUAUCCACUCUCUAAGGAGUCUCACUCAUCUUUAGCACACUCCAUAAAAAGUGUUUCAUCAUUCUCUCCUUACCGCCACUCAAACAGAAAUGUCUUCUCCACUCAGAGGGUGCCACAUUACAUUUAGUCUUUAUAACUGACCUCUGCUGGACAGUGUUAUUGUAACUCCAUGUGAAUUUUUGAAUAUUUAUGAUGCAAUGGUAUUUCUUUCAUUUA